UCUCCUCCUCAGAUCCACAUCAAAGUGAGGUGCUCCUUCCUCCCUUCUCCUAUCAGAUCUGUGCACCACUCAACAGUCAACAGGUCCACACGCCUCACCACCACCAUCUACGUCCAGGCCCGCGCCACCUCCGGCGUCGUCUUCUGCGACCUCGAUAUUGGGUGGAUCUUCCCUGUCGCCGCCGCAUACUCCUCCCUGACCUCGGCACCGGCGCUCCUCAUCCCUGACCUCGGGCUAGUGCACUCCUCCCCGAGAUCAGGCCGCGCUGCAGCUCUUCGACCCCGAGCCUUGGCACCCACCGCACCAGGUGGGGGACAGCGGGGCCGGGCACCGGCGUGCUAGCCCCCAGUCAAUCCACACCCCACCCCGUCCAGGUACCAUCUCCUGAUUGUUCCCGAUUCAUUAGUUUUGCUGGAUCUGCUUGGUUGUCCGCGCGCAUCCGAGAUUUCUUUAUGUUUGUGUACGAUUCCAUGCCCGGCGGUUGCCUGCUUUAUCUGAUGCGCCACGAAAUUCCCUCAAUUGUGUUUCCUAUAAUUGGGCUAUGCAAAAUUCGUGGGGAAGGGUCUCCCUCUUCGGGAAUACGUGAAUUCAUCCUCUUUUGUUUUCAGCCUUGUUAAUUAGGAUACCAUUAUGUGAUUUCUAGCCUAGGAAACUUAUGGAUUCUCAUUUAGCUUCUUAAUGUUCUGUUUCCCAUAGCAGAUCUGUGCACCAACUGUUUGGUGAAAUGCCUAGCUCGGAUAAUGAUAUUACUUGUAGAUUGCAUGUUCUUCCAUUUGUAAAGUACCAGUACUUAGUCUUGCAUAGUUGUGAUGUUUUACUCUGAUUUAGAUUCUGGAAGCACGCCACUAGUUCUGAAUUUGCCCUUUUUAGCCUAAAAGUCACUGAUGCACAUGAAUAAUUAAUAGUGGAGUGCCUGAGAGACUGCUGUUCGUGUAUUUCUGUUUGGAUGUGUGCUGAUUAUAUUGUUCGAUUAAGAAUGCAGGCUAAGCCGACGAAAAGUGUGAAUGGGCAGGUCUGCCAGAUUUGUGGCGACACUGUUGUGUGGCACAAUUUUUUGUGGUCCGAUGCAAAUGUUGCUGUGCCAUGUACACCAAUUAGAUAUGUGAAGUCUUGAACUAACUGUGUGACUCAAGUGAUACAUCUGUAUUUUUUUUGUACGUGAACAUAUCAUUCCUACAUCUUUCUUGCUAUAUAUUUUCUAUUAUGAGAGUAUAAAGACAACAUUCAGAAUAUCUAGUGGACAGAUAGACAUAUUUGUGUAUACAUUUGUUUUGCAUUUUGUUCAAAAAUUAUUGGGUACGCUUCUUAUUAGUGUGCUAGGUGUUUCUCCUCGUGCGUUUUGAUCAUGAUUGAAUCCAUGAUGCCUUGACUGCUUUCCCCCUCCAUCUUGCCCUGUUCGCUAUUUCUGUUUGUCAUGGUCUCGCUGUUGGCUGCUGCUCGGCAAUCAACCAACAGUCACAGAAGGACAAUAGAAAAAGUAAAAAGAAACAAUGUUAAAACUUCAGGGUGCUUCUUCUGUUAUCUCAUAUAAAAUCAUGUUUACAUGUGUAGGUAGGAUAACACAAUAAAAUAGUAUACAAGUUGCUUUAAUUUCAUUGUUUCCAGAAUUUGUUUGCUUGAUGAAUUCACUUGCAGGUGUUCAAGCUGCAGACGCUCCAACUAGGAUCAGCGGGGUUAACAAACGUGGGUGUAAGUACAUAAAGGAAUCACAGAAGAAACUACAAGAUGCCUCCAAAGUAGAAGCCCGGUCACUGCUUAAUUAGUUGCAACCUGCUGCUGGACAGAGCAAGCAAUUACUAGAAGAGAUUGGUUGUAUGAAGGAACAAGCAAUAGGAAAAGAUAUAAAUAUAUAUGGUGUUGCUUCGCCGAGCUUCCAAACCGCAGCGCUAACCGUCGUUCUGUUGCUCGCCGCCAGCGCCGGGGACGCAGCAGGGGUGGUUUCCCAGCCAAACUUUACCUGCUACACCACGGGCAACUACAAAACGUGCUACGUCAACCGCCAGGAGUGCUCGACCUCGGGCAACUUCACCGCCGGCAGCCAGUACCAGGCAAACCUCCUCAACCUCACCGCCGAACUUCCGGCGAGCACCAUAGCCAACGACGGCUUCGCCGAGAUGACGGCUGGCAGCGCCCCAGACAGGGUGUUUGGCCUUGCCAUGUGCUACGCCGACCGCAAUUUCACGCAGUGCCAAGACUGCCUCCUAAAUGUGUCCGGCCAUGUGCAGCAGGAGUGCCCGUUCAGCCGAGAGGCCAAGAUUUCCAGAGACGCCUGCGUCCUCCGCUACUCCGACCUGCCCUUCUUCUCCGACGCCGACAGGGAAAUCGUGUCCUACGCCUCCACGGAGGCCUCUCCGGACCCGUUCGUCCGCGACGUGGCGGCUAUGAGCGCCGAGCGGUGGACUCUGAUGAUGGCCGGGCUCGUGCCGGAGGCUGCGAGCUCCUUGGUGCGGUUGGCCAACGGCAGCAAGGAGUACACGGAUUCGCAAGGCAAGGCUCAGGAGAUCUACGGGCUGGCGCAGUGCACCAGGGACCUCAACGCCAGCAUGUGCAGCGAGUGCCUCAAGAACAUGGUAAUAGAGAUCAACAGCUCGCGCCCGAACAACACCUAUGGUGCCGUCAAAUGCUACAGCUGCUAUGCGGCAUACAGUAUCGGAGAGGACCUCGGCAUCACCAUUCCUCUGCCACCACCACCGCCACCGAGGAGGAAACCACCAGCGGCACUCAUUGCCGGUGUGACUAUUGGCUCCGUGGUGGUGUUGAUCAUCUGCACCGGCAUCUUGGUUUCGUUCAUGCGGUGCCGCUGCAGAAGCAAGGGCAGACAGCAGAUUAGAGAAGAUGUGACAGGGGAGGAGGCUCCGGAGGACGAGUUUGAGCAACAGGCCGGACCGAGGCGAUUCCGCUACGGCGAGCUGGAGGCGGCAACCAACUUCUUCUCAGAAGAGGAGAAGCUCGGUGAAGGUGGAUUCGGGUCGGUGUACCGGGGGCUCUUGAAAGAUACGAACCCAAUCCACGUCGCCGUGAAAAGGGUGUCCAAGAGCUCUGGUCAGGGGAGGAAAGAGUACAACUCCGAGGUGAAGAUUAUUAGCCAGCUGCGGCAUCGCAACCUCGUUCAGCUCAUCGGCUGGUGCCAUGAACGCGGCGAGCUCUUGCUUGUGUACCAGCUUAUGCCCAACGGGAGCCUCAACACUCACAUCCAUAGCCAGACCAACGUCAUGUCGUGGCAGCUCAGGUAUGAUAUAGUGCUCGGGGUCGGUUCUGCACUUGUGUACCUGCACCAUGACUCGGAGCGGUGCAUCCUCCACCGUGACAUCAAGCCAAGCAACAUCAUGCUGGACGCGUCUUUCACCGCCAAGCUCGGCGACUUCGGGCUCGCGCGGCUCAUGGACCGUGACCGGCAGUCACACACGACUGCGCUCGCCGGCACCAUGGGGUACAUGGAUCCCGAGUGUUGGCUAUCUGGUAGGGUCAGCACAUCAUCCGACGUCUACAGCUUCGGCGUCGUGCUCCUCGAGGUCGCGUGCGGCAGGCGUCCCAUCGUGGACGUAUCGGAAAGCGACGAGGAAUACGCCACCGUCCACCUUGUCCAGUGGGUUUGGGAAUUCUACGGGCGUGGAAGGAUCAUCGAGGCUGCGGACGCGAGGUUGGAUGGUGACUUCGACGCCAGGGAGAUGGAGAGCGUGCUGGUCACCGGGCUCUGGUGUGCACACCCUGACCCCAGCUCGAGGCCGUCCAUGAGGCAGGCCAUCAAUGUUCUGCGCCUCGAUGCGCCCUUGCAAAGAUUGCCCAUGAAGAUGCCGGCCUUGACGUUCUUGUCGCCACCAGUCACCAGUGGCACGCAGGUCUGAACUGAACCACCAAGGGUUAUCACUGGCACGAGCAGCGGAAGCACCGCCCGUUCCAGAAUGGCAGCUAGUUUGUUAGGCGUCUUUAUUUGUACCUUGGUACUGGCUCUUGUCGAGAGGAAAAUUGAACUUCCCGGUCAGAAAUUAAACUAACAGCGUCAUAUAUUCUAAAUCUUCCCACUCAGUAAUUGACUUCUAAGUACAUUAUUGUGUUGUUCCAGUAAUGCGUUGUUUUGUACAAAACAAAACAAGAGCCAGUACAUUAUUGUGUUGUUCCA